AUGGCACCACGGCGCUCCCAGCGCGGUCGUCCAGACGCUUCAACACGCGAGGAUGAUACGUCCACUCCCACACCGACACGACCGGUCCGGAAAGCACGACGUAAGAUUCAAGCAAUCCAAGACAUCUCGUUACCGGAAGCCGUCAGCGAUCCCGAGGACAGCCUUGACGUGGAUAAUGAGCCUACCAACACAGCGCUGAACGGCAAGCGCAAAAGCACACCAUCUGCCUGGCAAAUAUGUACUGCACAAACUCUCGUCCUCGACUCCAGAACCACACCCUCUUCACCAAAAUCAACAUCCCACCCACCCACACCGGGCCCCUUUACCUCCGGCACCUGGUUCCCUCUACAACCCACCCUACCGCCUCCAAUACCCCGCUGCAUGUUCCUCUCACUCCCGCGCGAACUCCGCGACGAAAUCUAUACGCACCUCUACCACGCCCCCUCCCGCCUACACCUCGCCUAUCCGGACGAAAAUUUCCGCAUGGGCACCGCCUUCUUGCGCACCAACCUACAAAUCUGCGCCGAAGUGUGUGAGACUCUCUACGGCAACAACGAGUUCGUCUUCGCGCGCAUGUGUCAGCGGCACGGCUCGUUCUGCUCCUCGGACGACUGGAACGAGGUGGGGUUUAAAGCUGUGCGGGAGUUUGUCGGCAUGAUCGGACGCAGGAACCUUGGCCUGAUUAAGACGUUGACGCUGGUGCUGGAGAACGCGGUGCCGUGUCUGAACCCGGCGAUGAAGACGGCGGAUCAGAGGCGGUAUUAUUAA